CUCUUUCUCACCUCGCUUUCCUAGUUUCACCACUUGAACUUGGGACCCUUUGCUGCCCUCAGCUCAGAGUGCGGGUGAGCGCACGAACCAGGGAGGAGGUCGGCACGCGACAUGAACUUGGAGACUAGCAGCCGGGGCUCAGAGUUCGGCAUGAGCGCAGUGAGCUGCGGCAACGGGAAACUCCGACAGUGGUUGAUCGACCAGAUCGACAGCGGCAAGUACCCCGGGCUGGUGUGGGAGAACGAGGAGAAGAGCGUCUUCCGCAUCCCGUGGAAACACGCGGGCAAGCAGGACUACAAUCGUGAGGAGGACGCCGCCCUCUUCAAGGCUUGGGCACUAUUUAAAGGCAAGUUCCGAGAAGGGAUCGACAAGCCAGAUCCUCCUACUUGGAAGACAAGAUUACGAUGUGCUCUGAACAAGAGCAAUGACUUUGAGGAACUGGUAGAGAGGAGCCAGCUGGAUAUCUCUGACCCAUACAAAGUGUACAGGAUUGUUCCAGAGGGAGCCAAAAAAGGAGCAAAGCAGCUCACUCUGGAAGACACACAGAUGGCCAUGGGCCACCCCUACUCCAUGACAGCACCUUAUGGCUCUCUGCCAACCCAGCAGGUUCAUAACUACAUGAUGCCACCCCAUGACAGGAGCUGGAGGGAUUAUGCCCCUGACCAGUCACACCCAGAAAUCCCAUAUCAAUGUCCUGUGACGUUUGGCCCACGUGGCCACCACUGGCAAGGCCCAUCUUGUGAAAAUGGUUGCCAGGUGACAGGAACCUUUUAUGCUUGUGCCCCACCUGAGUCCCAGGCUCCUGGAAUCCCCAUUGAGCCAAGCAUAAGGUCUGCUGAAGCCUUGGCGCUCUCAGACUGCCGGCUGCAUAUCUGCCUGUAUUACCGGGAUGUCCUCGUGAAGGAGCUGACCACGUCCAGCCCCGAAGGCUGCCGGAUCUCCCAUGGACAUACCUAUGAUGUUAGCAACCUGGACCAGGUCCUGUUCCCCUACCCAGAUGACAAUGGCCAGAGGAAGAACAUUGAGAAGUUGCUGAGCCACCUGGAGAGGGGACUGGUCCUCUGGAUGGCUCCAGAUGGGCUUUAUGCCAAAAGACUCUGCCAGAGCAGGAUCUACUGGGAUGGGCCUCUGGCGUUGUGCAGUGAUCGACCCAACAAACUAGAAAGAGACCAGACUUGCAAGCUCUUUGACACACAGCAGUUUCUAUCAGAGCUGCAAGUGUUUGCUCACCACGGCCGGCCAGCACCGAGAUUCCAGGUGACUCUGUGCUUUGGUGAGGAGUUUCCAGACCCUCAGAGACAGAGGAAGCUCAUCACAGCUCAUGUGGAACCUCUGCUAGCCAGACAACUGUAUUAUUUUGCUCAACAAAACAGUGGACAUUUCCUAAGGGGCUACGAGUUACCUGAACACAUUAACACUCCAGAUUACCACCGCUCCCUCCGUCAUUCUUCCAUCCAAGAGUGAGAAGCCAGCAGCAGGAAUUUUGUUUUGUUGUAAAUACUCCAACAGGGCAGCCAGUAGCUGCCCUUUCUCUUUGGAAGAGCUAAGAAGUGGGUUCCCACUUGAAGACAACAGGGAUUUGUGAGGAGAAACAGCUGUAUCUGCUCAACAGAGGAGCUUGGCCUAGAAGAGUGCCUGCCAUCCAGGUCUUGACAAGUGCCAGUACUUGGGUGACUGUGCCCUGGCUUAUAACUGUGAAACUUAAUCAGUGUCAUGUUUACAUGUACUUAAAUGCUGGCUUUAGCCUGGUGUAGAUGGACUUUUGCUUGAAGACUGAAAACCCGUGCCAGCAUGAAUCCCUGACAAGAGGAGACAUACAUAUUAUUGGUCCAUUUCUCAGGGAAGUAAAGUCUAAACUGGAGACUACUCUGUCUACCCACAAAGAAAUGCAUUCCUGGAUAGAAGAGCUGUAGGUCGCCCAGAUCAUGUCCAUUGAGUGAAAGGACUUGGUUCUUAGCUCCAGUCUAGGCUAUCCUGAUCCUGCAGAGUCUCUCCUAGAGGACUCUACAUCCUCUUUGCUCCCUCUUCUUGCCCUUCCUUAAAAGCCAGCUGGUGGACUCUUGUUGCCACAUACUUGAGCCAAAAAACCAUCAGGGACAUAUAAAAUGAAAUAUGUUUGCAUCUCCUCCAAUCUAACAAUGACUACAAAGUAUUUUUUGCUGUCUCCCCUUUUUGUUUUGUUUCUCAUUCUUUAGAAUUGUUGCUUUUUUGUAAAGAAAGGGAGAGAGAGAGAGAGAGAGAGAGAGAGAGAGAGAGAGAGGGAGAGAGAGAGAGAGAGAGCCCAAAUAUACUAGAGAUAGAUUUUUAAAAUUCUGUGCCAUUUCCCCUUCUUCCCCUUCUAUUUGUUUUGUUGGCCAUCAGUAGUCUCCAUGGCAACACUGGAAGGGCGGAGCCUUUGAGCAGGUUGGGAACUGUCCCGGACAGCAGUGGUUCAGUGUACAGCUGCAGACUCGGGGGCUGUUUCUGCUUAUUUUGUACAUUAGAUGCUUCCUUGUGCCAAUAAUAGUUUGACAGAGUCUCAAAAUUACCAGGGUUUUCCAACAAUACAUUCUUUCACAGAAUCCAAAAGAGUCUCACUUGCCUUCAUAAAUCGUCUGAUCCCUUAUUGUUACUGUCUUGUUUAGGUGGCUUUGUCAUGCUCCCGGAUUUGUCUCUUACCACAACAUCAUUUCUGAUUCUUCCAGGCUUGGAAAGAGUCAGCUGCUCUCACAUAUACAGCACUUACUUCUUUUCUUUUCUUUUUUUUUUUUUAACAUGCCACUCUUAAUAUUUCUUCUUAAGUCUUUUAGCAGCAUACAUUCAGUAGGCAAUGGAUCAUUGGGGUGUCAUUUAUUUUUACUUUUUAAAAAGAGCCUUUGAUAAAUAAUACACAUUAUAGAUACUGGAAGCCUUUUUCAUAGAGAAGGGAAAAACUGAAAAUUCAAAAUUUUAUGUUUGAAUCUUCCUUGCUAGAAUUAGCUCCAAGAGUUUAGUCUGUUCUUUAAACAUGCUUUAGUUUUCAAUACAUAUAUAUGAAGUUGCCUUUUUGAGAGAGAGGGAGGGAGAGAGAGAGAGAGAGAGAGAGAGAGAGAGAGAGAGAAUGACACUCUUAUGUACCAAACUACAGACUUACCUCAUCUUUUGAGUGUCAUAUGGAAUUCCACUGCUAUGUGCCUGGGUGCAGUUUAGACAUCUUCUUAGCUACCCAUCAUGAAUGCAUCCCAACAGCCCACCGAGUCUCAUGAACUGAAGUCACUUAUACAUCUUAUAGAUGCAAAACAUUCUGGGGUAUAUUAUCCCAAGGGAAGAUGAAGGCAAAAUUGGGAAGCACUCUUUUCCCAAGGCCCCAAGCCAUAGCUGUCCAUCUGGAGUGUAUUAACCAAGGUCCUUUGCCUGGUCCUGUAUGACCAUAACUCUUUGUCCCAUAAGUAAAUGCUUCAUCUCAAUUGCCAUGUGAAUUCUUUUUUCCCCUUAAUGUUAUGUUGUUUUAACAGGGAAGCUGGAUUUUCUGGAAAAUGCUGUAUGGUUUGGGCCCCCAAUUCCUAUCUCACUUUACAGCCAUGCAUGCUGAUGGCUUCCAUCUUGAGGGAUGGAAUGAUAGGCAAACACUUCUGACACAGAAAUACCUCCCUCAUUCCUUGCUGAAACAAAGUGGGAUGUGCACAGUGGAAUUUAGUUUGCUCUCACUGGAAGAUGCUCUUGAAGAGGUAGGCUGAGGAACACUGCAUCCUAGGGAGGAAACAUGCAAGUCUCACAGGUGCAUGCUGUUGGCUUGUUUCUGGUCUUUGAACAGGCAUUAGGGUCUAAUUUAAAACUAAAAGCCCCAAAGCCCUUCUGUUGUUUCCUGGACAGAGAAGUUGGUAGAACCCACCAGUAGAGAUCCAGUUGCACUCUGGGAUUGGAGCACAGAGGGGCCUGCUCUAUCAUGAGAAUGCCCAGCCCGCAGAGGCCUGGGUGUGGUGACUGAGUAGCUGGUUGCCAGACACAGGAAUGCCAGCAGGCUGAGUGUGGAGACUGAUUAAAGCAUAUGUGAGGUGUCCUUGCCCUGUAGACAGGCUGGGUGUGAGCCCCAGCAGCAGAAGAAGGGAGUCAGGAUGUCAUGUCCUACCCAGAAGAGCUUUCAAUAUAGCUUUUAAAAUGUACUUUGCCAUUGCUGAUAUUUUGAUAAAAAUCCUAACAAGGUUUAAAUGCCCCCUCAUUCCUCUCCAGACAGUCUUGCCCAUCCCACUGGUGAAUAUUUGUUGUUGUUGUUGUUGUUGAUAUUGGUGAAAAUUGUGAAAUUGUUAAGGUUUCUGUUUUUGUUAUUUAUCUCCUUAAAUCAUGUGGGUGCUGUAUACAUUGCAGUGCUGCCAUGAGUCUGCCCGACCCCACACAUCUUUUUGCAAGUACCUUCUUCACUCAUUGAAGAAGCCUGUGCUGUAAGUGAAACUCACCCAGUCCUUGGUAAUUGCUGCUCACUGUCACAUGAAUGCAGGGAAGGCUGGUUUUCAUGGACUCAUUUUCAGUGUUUUGAUGAACGUGUCUCCAGAGUACAUUGAAGUAGAAGACAGCGUUUGGCAAGCCAGUUCUUAUUAGACACUGCUACAAGCUUCACACUCUUCAAUGUGGACUCACCUCAUGUGGAAGGGCAUCAUUGCCCCUCUGCUCCCAUGCCCUGUACACCCACUUCACAAUGAGAGACCUGCCAGGGACCAGGACUCAGAGAUCUCUGGCUAAAAGCUUGUACUUUGGAUGUCUGUCAUGUCAGAAAAGCAUGGCACCAUCCUGGCUGCAGUGUUGGAUGGACAGGCUGUGGAUUUUGCUGUAUACUUGCUUCACAAAGAAAACUGUGUGUUUUUUAAAUAAUUGAUAAAUAAAGAAUUUCUAGAAA